AUUUGUCAAAAAGUAAAAGAAAAAACAAUCGAAUCGACAGAAAUAUUUUCAUGGUGGAUUUUUGGAAGCAGUCUUGGUGUUUAUUCAAAUAAUUAUGUAGUUUUCAUGGUCAAAUUUGUGAACUGCUAACGAAGUGUGUUUAUUAUUCGCUGCAAAAUCAAGGUUACUUUUCAGAAACAGUGUUCGACGAAUUCAUAAUUUUAUUAGUAAAGGUUGAUUGCUGCUUUGGGUGGUGGCAAAUGUUUACAAAGUGGAAGAAAUCUACGUCUUGUAUUUUCCCAUACUAGGGAUUAAUUUUAGAAUCGAGAGAUAAACAGAAAUUUCGCGAUUGAUAAUCGAAGGUGGUUCUCUUAUCAGUGAACAGGAAGCAGGCAAGACAGUGUGAGUGUGUGCAUCUUUUAUCAUGGAUGUCUGAAUAAGUAAUUACGACGAUAGCAAUUUUGCUCUGAAGAUUUCCCGUACGCUGUCAAAUUGAAAAGAAAAAAAAUAUGCGCUGGAUUGCCAAUCUGGAUGGAGGUCCGAGACGAGUUAAUCAUGCUUCGGUACCAGUGGGAGACUACAUCUACUCGUUCGGUGGCUAUUGCACUGGGGAGGAUUAUCGAUCGACCUGCGCCAUCGAUGUCCACAUACUCAAUACCAACAACAUGCGCUGGACAUUGGCUCCAACUAUGAAGGACGAAUCUGGAGUACCGUGCAAAUAUCCUGAAGUUCCGUUCCAGAGGUAUGGCCAUACAGCAAUAGCGUUUGAGCAGAAAGUCUAUAUCUGGGGUGGCAGGAACGAUGAAAUUGUGUGUGAUAUUCUUUUCUGUUUCGACACGAAGACUUUAAGAUGGAGCAAGCCUGUUGUCACCGGAAAAGUACCCGGGGCUAGGGAUGGCCAUUCUGCUUGCAUUUACGGCAAUCGAAUGUACAUUUUUGGUGGUUUCGAAGAGAUGAUCGACAAAUUCUCUUGCGAUGUACACUAUUUGGAUAUGCAGACCAUGCACUGGACCUACGUGGACACCCGUGGAGAUCCACCUUCCUAUAGAGACUUUCAUUCCGCGACCAUUGUGCACCACAAAAUGUUUGUAUUUGGAGGGCGAGGAGACGCCUGGGGUCCGUACCAUUCACAGGAGGAAAUUUACUGCCCAAAAAUAGUCUGUCUGGAUCUCAGGUCGAAUCGAUGGGAAAUGCCCAACACAACAGGGGAGGAGCCACUCGGCAGAAGAAGUCAUUCAGCAUUUGUCUUCAAUAAUAAAAUCUACAUCUUUGGUGGUUAUAAUGGUAACCUGGACCUGCACUUCAACGAUCUCUACUGCUUUGACCCUACGAGAUAUGUGUGGAAAAUAGCUCACCCGCGAGGACAGUCGCCACGGGCACGACGACGGCAAUCCUGUCUAGUCAUCGGACAGCGAAUGUAUUUAUUUGGAGGCACAUGUCCAUCACACUUCUCGGAUCCUGCCACUUAUGAUUAUAGCGAUACUCACGUGCUUGACUUCCACCCCACGUUACGUACACUGGCAAUGUUGAAAGUACAGGAGUACAAGUUGGAUAGUUCGUGCUUACCAAGAACAAUCAGGAUCGAGAUGCGCAAUAUGACCACGCCCAACAAAAUUAGUCGCUCACUGGUGAGCGGGUAAUAAAAUGUGACAACAUUCGAGUAGAUAUAUGGAUUGGUCUGUGUGCUGAAUCUAUGAUAAGUUUAAAUUAUGAUUAACUAGAUUCAUUUUCUCGUUUCAUGGCAUCAAUGAGUUCACUUUUUUUGGUUGUAUCUGUUGGUGAAUUAGGUAGAUAUUAUGGCGGAACAGCUGCAAUAUUCCCUCUAAGGAAUAAUAGAAAACAUCACAAUAUAUGUUUUUAUUGAUUCACAUCGGUUUGCGGCAUUUAUUCCCGUUAGUGUACUCAACUUCUACAGCCAUUCAUCGACUAGUACGGUUUAAAAUCUCCACGUGGCUGUGACAGUGAAAAAAGUUAUUUUAAUUUUGCAUAGGGAUGCUGUUUUUGAGAUUUUGCUUAUUUAGGCCAUUAUGAUCCUACUCAACCGUGGGUUACGAUGCGCAAAUUGCUUGUUUCUUAUUUUAGUAAAUCUUUGAGCGCGAAUAUAAUUAAACUUGAAUUGUAUGUUUGAGGAUACCACUCCUAUAGAAGGGUGUUGAGCCGGAACAAACAGUAUGCUUUUCUAUUGUUCUUGGAUAAGCAAAGAAUGGAAAUAAAAUAUAAGCGAAUAAAUUGAUGAAAGCCUAAAUCUCAACAGAUGCUUAAAAUAAUUUUCGGAGCAAAGUCAAUAUUCAGAAAUUAAGAAAUCAGAGGAUAAAAAUAGUAAAUAACAAAUUAUAAGCUCCAUUUGCCACAAAAACAUUUCUAUUGCCAAUUUUAAAGUCUCGGGAAUGGAUGCCACGCCCUUUAUUUUUUUUAUUAUCAAAUGAUAUGAGUGACUGAGUUUGACACGAAUGAACUGAGCAUCAAAAUAGACGUGUGCAUGAUCGAUACUUAUGUAGUUUUCAAUUGAUAAUUUGUACAUAUUAUUUUUGUAUGUCAAAUAAAUGAUUUUUUGAGGAGUA